AUGGCGUGGAACUGUCAGGGACUUGGCAAUCCCAGGACAGUGAGAGCCCUGAGAAAGCUCAUUGCCAACAACAAGCCUGACAUCAUUUUUCUUAUGGAAACUAAGCUUCAUAACAUAUCCCCUCAGUUCACAAAUAAUUUUGCUGCUUCUUACAGCUUUUACCAUGUAGAUUGUACUCUAAAUGGAGACAAAGGGAGAUCUGGGGGCCUCAUUUUGUUAUGGAACAAUUACUCCUGUAAUGUUGAUAUAAAAGAUGUUGAUUUUAACUAUAUUGAUAUGUUGGUUACUAACUUGUCUAAUUCUGUGCAGUGGAGAGCUACUGGGGUCUAUGGUUACCCUAAACAUCAACAUAAGCACCUAACUUGUGAUCUCCUUACUACUCUCCAUAAUGCUUCUGCUAACAAUAAAUGGCUCCUGUUUGGAGACCUUAACCUUACUAGCAGUAACAAUGAGAAAUUUGGGGGCAAUCCCCCUGAUAAUAAUAUCACUACUCUCUUUAGAUCUACCUUAACCCUUUGUGAUUUGCAGGAUCUUGGCUACAAGGGUGACAUCUUUACUUGGACAAACAAGCAACAAAGCCAACACCUGAUAAAAGCUAGACUGGAUAGAUUUCUAGCAAACUCUGCAUGGAAAAACUUAUUCCCUGUUUUUUGUAACUAUCACCUUCUUAGAUAUAGCUCUGAUCAUAUGCCUAUAUUACUAGAUUUUAAUACUUUUUCAGGCCCAACAACAAAUGAAAGAGGGCCAAAGCCUAUUCGUUACGAACAAAUUUGGACCAGGGACCCCCUACAGUAUCAAAUUGUCAAGGAUGCUUGGCAGAAAAAUAGAGGAACUACUGUCAAAAAACUUAAUGACACCCUAUCCUCUCUCCAUAAAUGGGGAACAAAUCGUUUUGGAAUCAUUCCUAAACGCAUCAAAACCCUUCAAACUGAGUUACAAGUGCUGAAUGACCAAAAUGGCAUUGAAGACCUAACCCUCCAAAUUAAGGAAAAAGAGAAGGAAUUAGACAAUAUUAUGGAAUGUGAAGAGACAUGGUGGAAACAGAGAUCAAGAGAAUUAUGGCUUAAACAUGGGGACAAAAAUACCAAGUAUUUUCAUAUGAAGGCUAACAUUAGAAGAAGUAAGAAUAAGAUUGAAAAAAUCACUGACUCUCAUGGACACACUCACACUAAUGAUGAUGGAAUAGAGAAAGUUUUAGUGGAUCACUUCAAAACUUUGUUCACAAAACAAGAUGCUCAAGCAAUACCUGAUACUAUCAGAGUAGUAAAAGAUAGAAUCAACACUGACAUGUACCAAGAGCUGAAUAGACAUUUUACUAAAGAGGAAGUGUUUCAAGCAAUAAAGGAGAUGAAAGCUCUUGCAGCCCCUGGCCCUGAUGGUUUACCUGCUAUAUUCUACCACACUCACUGGGAGGUCAUUGGAAAGGAGGUAACUGACAUGGUGCUAAAUGUUCUUAAUAACAAUGGUGACCCUAGCCACCUAAAUAACACGAAAACUGGUCAUGUUGGGAUCAAGACUGAUAUGGAAAAAGCUUAUGACAGGGUUGAAUGGGAGUUCCUUGAGGCAACUAUGUCCAUUAUGGGGUUCCCAGCUACUAUGGUGCAAACUAUUAUGAAAUGUGUUUCUACAGUCAAAUUUUCCAUUCUCAUCGAUGGUUACCCAUCACAAGAGUUUUGUCCUCAAAGGGGACUCAGACAGGGAGACCCUCUCUCACCCUACCUUUUUAUUAUCUGUGCUAAUGUCUUAUCUGGGCUAAUAUCAAGAGCCCAACAAGAAAAACUUAUCCAUGGGGUCAAAAUAUCCCAAGGGGCUCCUGAAAUUAGUCACUUACUCUUUGCUGAUGACAGUCUAAUUUUUUGCAGGGCAACUAGUAAGGAGGUCUCCACCAUCCAUGAAAUAAUUCAAGCUUACCAAAAAGCAUCAGGACAACUUGUUAACUUAGCAAAAUCUGAAAUGCUUUUUAGCAAAGGAGUCACUGCUGACAUUAAAGGGGAAGUAUCUAGAAUCUUGCCUAUGCAAACUGUAGAGCACUUUUCAAAAUAUCUAGGUAUGCCUAUAAUGCAUGGAAGAUCCAAACAGCAGAUUUUCAACUAUAUCAAAGAGAAAAUUUGGAAAAAGCUUAAAGGAUGGAAGGAAAAAAAUCUAUCUUUUGCAGGAAGAGGCACUCUAAUCAAGGCUGUGGCUCAAGCCAUCCCUACAUAUAUUAUGAGCUGCUUCCUCAUUCCUAAAGGGGUAUGUGAACAACUUGAAAGAAUGAUAUGUAACUUUUGGUGGGGAAGCACCACUGACCUCAGGAAAAUACAUUGGAUGAAGUGGUCAAAGGUUUGCACUCAAAAGAAAAGUGGGGGACUAGGCUUCAGAAAUCUGAGAGCUUUCAACGAGGCUCUUUUGGCCAAACAGGGCUGGAGGCUUAUCACUAAUCCAACCUCACUGGUGGCCCAAGUCCUUAAGGAAAAAUACUACCCUAAUGAAGGUUUCCUAAAUGCUAAACACAAACAAAUGAUAAGCUACACCUGGAGGAGUAUUACACAGGCCAGUUGGGUUUUACAAAAAGGAUGUUACUGGACAAUAGGGUCUGGCCAUGACAUUAACAUCUGGGAUGACAAAUGGAUACAGCAAAAAGCUACUAGUUACAAGGUAAACCCUAGGCCUAAUGAUCUGAACCUCACCAAAGUAAAGGAGCUCAUGGAUAAUAACUACCAUGAAUGGAAUGAAACUAUUAUAAACCAAAUUUUCCACCCUUAUGAUGCUCAAAUGAUACUAAAUAUCCCUAUCAUUGACAAAACCCAACCAGACACAAUUACAUGGGAAGGUACACAGGAUGGGCAAUAUUCAGUAAAGUCUGGCUAUAAUGCUAUCAUGAAUUGGGGUAGUCUGUCAAAUGCUACCUCUUCCAAUAACACUCAACAUAUCUGGAGCGCUCUUUGGAAGCUAAAUGUGCCCCCUAAGCACAGUCACCUACUUUGGAGAGCUCUAAAAAAUGCCUUACUAGUGAAGGGCAAUUUAUUCAAAAGAGGGGUCAGAUGUGAACCCUUAUGCCCUCGAUGCUCAAAUACUACAGAGACAAUCAAUCAUGUGUUCUUAGAAUGUGAAUGGGCAAAACAAGUAUGGUUUGCCUCAUCUUUGAAUCUAAACCUAGGGCUCAACCAAAUCUCAGAAUUCUUCGACUGGAUCAAUUUUAUGAAAAACAACACAGAUAAAGAAUGCAUGGAGAAGAUUACAGCUAUCACCUAUGGAAUAUGGUAUGCUAGAAACAUGCUAGUUUUUCAGAAUAAGUACUUACCUCCUCAAGACAUCAGCUCCACUGCUUUGAACCAGAUACAGGAAUACCAGCUCCAUGGUUUUGAGCAGCAAAUCCAAAAUCCGUGCGUGAGAACAAAAGGUUGCAAUAACGAUAUAAGCUGGAGUCCACCACCUAGGGGCACCCUGAAGAUCAAUGUGGAUGCUCACCUUAGCAGUGAUGGCCAUUGGUUAACAGGGAUGGUUCUAAGGGGGUCGGAUGGGAGCGCCAUCGGAGUUGCAACUAGGGCUCACAAAGGGACUACAGAUGAUUAUUCAGAUGAUCCAGCAUUUGAUGGCACAUCAUAG